CACAACGAAGUCACUUGUGAGCUCGAGUGUUACCGACAUGUUUGUCAGUUUGACAAGGACUGCGGGGCUAUGUGAAACACAUGCUACAACAUCGAACAUAAGUACAUCGGAAUAACGCUCAGCCCAGUGUACGUCAGUAUGACUACGCCAGAAGCCUCAGCGUCAAACGACUGCUCUUUACCCUACGGUAUCGCAGUCACCCUUGUCAUCAUCAACGCCGUUGCCAUAGUGACAUAUCUAUGGAAGAGACGCCAGGCAUGGCAUGAACAGAAACUGUCGGAACAUCCCCCUGACGUUGUUGGGCUGACAGACGACAGCGCGGCUGACUUUGAGUAUGCCACCGUUGCUGACGUUACCACUGCCGCGGAAGUAGAGCCUAGCCAAGUUGUAGUUGGGGCGUCAGCAUCUCGCGAGGUCAUCUUAAUCAAUCAAACCUAUGUCUCGGCCGGACGAUACAUGAAGAGCGGAACACCGGCCGAUGAAGCUGGGUACUACGUCAACGUUGCGAGUCGUGCACGUAGUAAAGACACUGUUGAAACAAAUGAACCAGGACAGGACACACCUGCGCAAGACAUACUUGAUCAAGACCUUACGGAGCUAGACACAUCCGAGCAAGAUACAUGUGAUACAGACAUACAGGAACUAGACACACCUGUGCAAGACACACUUGAUGAAGGCACACCGGAGCGAGACACUUCUGAGCAAGACACACAUUAUCAGGACAUUCCGGAGCUAGAAACAACUGUGCAAGACACACUUGAUGAAGGCAUGUCGGAGCUAGACACUUCUGAGCAAGACACACAUUAUCAAGACAUUCCGGAGCUAGACACAACUGUGCAAGGCACACUUGAUGAAGGCAUGCCCGAGCUUGACACAUUUGAGCAAGACACACAUUAUCAGGAGAUACCGGAGCAAGACACAUCUGAUACAGACACAUCUGAGCAAGACUCGAUUUAUCAAGACAUACCGGAGCUAGACACACCUGGACAAGACACAUCUGAUACAGACACACCGGAGCUAGAACCACUUAGAGCAAGACACAUCUGAUACAGACAUACCAGAGCUAGACACUUCUGAGCAAGACACCCUUUAUCAAGACAUACUGGAGCUAGACACACCUGAGCAAGACAGACUUUAUCAAGGUAUACCAGAGCUAGACACUUCUGAGCAAGACACCCUUUAUCAAGACAUACUGGAGCUAGACACACCUGAGCAAGACAGACUUUAUCAAGGUAUACCAGAGCUAGACACUUCUGAGCAAGACACCCUUUAUCAAGACAUACUGGAGCUAGACAUACCUGAGCAAGACAGACUUUAUCAAGAUAUACCAGAGCUAGACACACCUGAGCAAGACACACUUUAUCAAGGUAUACCAGAGCUUGACAGACCUGAGCAAGACACACUUUAUUAAGGCAUACCAGAGCUAGACACACCUGAGCAAGACACACUUUAUUAAGGUAUACCAGAGCUAGACAGACCUGAGCAAGACACACUUUAUUAAGGCAUACCGGAGCUAGACAGACCUGAGCAAGACACACUUUAUUAAGGCAUGCCAGAGCUAGACAGACCUGAGCAAGACACACUUUUUUAAGGCACACCGGAGCUAGACACACCUGAGCAAGACAGACUUUAUCAAGGCAUACCGGAGCUAGACACAUCAUUGUAUGUUGCACGUGUGUUCCUGUGCACUGUGCACAACACACAGGUCACAAAUCAGCUGAAGCUCGGCCUGUGAGAGUACCUGGAUGGGUGUCCGCAUUCGGCAGGUGUCUCCUGGGAGUUUCCAGGGCUUCGGUCCCGCCCCACACUGAAGCAUGUGCAGCACAUAUGGUGUCUCCUUGGACAAAUGACUUCGAAAUGUCACUGCUCACCUCCUAGCGCCGACAAGGCAGGAUGGGUUGUGUAUUCCACAAGGAGCUGAGAAUGAAAACCAAAAGCACACUGAUCAAAUGACCGGGGUAUCAAAUGACCGGGGUAUCAAAUGACCGGGGUAUCAAAUGACCGGGGUAUCAAAUGACCGGGGUAUCAAAUGACCGGGGUAAUAAUACUAAUGCUUUGAGAAUGCACCGAGUGUAUGGAAGCCAACGCAGCAUAAAUACCUUCAUUAUUAUCAUUAAUUAUUGACAGUGUGCAGUAUGCCAGGUAGACAUAUAGGUAACAGGUGACUUGUAGUUCUCGUACGGACAUAGACCACGAACAGCGAAGGCAUGUAGUUUAAAUUAAAACUUCAAAGUACACAUGUUGCUGUCAUUUCUGUCCCAGCUACUCAUUAAACGUGUGACCGUCUCACAGCAGUAUUAACGUGG